AUGGAGAUCCCAACUCUACAGCUUCACGAUGGAAAUAGGAUCCCGCUUCUCGCCUUCGGCACCGGAACCGCCUGGUACAAGGAAGAAGGCGACACCGACUUCAAUAACGACCUAGUCCAAUUGACCAAAACCGCCAUCCAGAAGGGCUAUAUCCAUCUGGACUGUUCGGAGAUGUACGGCACGGAGGAAGAGAUCGGUAUCGCAAUCAAGGAGGCCGGCAUCCCUCGCGAAAAGCUCUUCAUCACCAACAAGGUCGCGCAGGGUAUUGAUGACAUCGAUGCCGCCGUAACUCAGAGCUUGAAGAAACUUCAGACUGACUACUUUGACCUGUACCUGAUCCACGUGCCGUUCUUUGCUGAAUCGCCCACCGACCUCCAAAAUGCCUGGAAAGCCAUGGAGGCACUCAAAGCCGCAGGUAAAGCCAAGUCCAUCGGCGUGAGCAAUUAUCUUCGCCACGAGCUCGAAGCAACCCUGCAAACCGCCAUCGACCCACCUGUUAUCAACCAAAUUGAGUACCACCCGUACUUACAGCGUGCAAAUGGGUAUGUCCCCUGGAUGCAUGAGAAUAACAUCCAGGUAGGCUCGUUCAAGGGCCUUACUCCAGCUUUCCGAGUUCCAGAUGGACCGUUGAAGGGCCCGCUAGGUCGGAUUGCGGAUGCGCAUCAGACGACGGAGAAUGUGGUGCUUCUUGCUUGGUUAAUUCAGAGUGAUAUUGUAGCUGUGACUACGACUCAGAAGGUGGACAGGUUGGAUGAAUAUAAGGAAGUGUUGGAUGUAAAGUUGACGGAGGAGGAGAUGAAAGAGAUUUCUGAGGUUGGGGCGACUUUUCAUUUUCGGAAUGCCUGGGGGGAGCAGUUUGCGGAUGAUGAUCGUAGUUGA